CACAGACACAUUCCUCCUCCUCCUCCUCCUCUCUCUCUCUCUCUCUCGUGAAAUUUCUCAAGAUGAACAAGUGUCUUCUCCUAGGCUUUUCCCUUCUGCUCUUCUGCACAGUUGCUGAAGGUCUUGUGUGCAGAGUCUGUAAGUACAAAGUUGGCAAGUUAUGCCUGCUGACCGGCGAUCCCUGCAAAGCAAGCGAAGGGCAGUUCUGUGAGACAACCAAAGUUUAUGCUGGCGAAUUAUUCCUCUUCAAGCGCUAUGGCUGCGGCACAUAUGCCGAGCUCUGCAACAGGACCGAGCGGAGGGAGAAUGCCUUCAACAUGGCCUACGAACGCACUUGCUGCGACACCGACUUGUGCAAUGCUUAACGCCGUUGGCAGUUCUUGUUUACUGUCCCUAGGACGGUUCGGCUUAGCACGGGGCCAACAGCUGGUUCAUUUACAAUAAAGGCUGGCAAAAGAGACCCUUUUCACCCCAAAAAGACAACCCUCUGAUUAUAUGAUCCCGUCACUUUGACCUUCUGUCCCCCCACCACAGUGCUCAAGAUUUCAGCUUCUUCUUGCCCCGCCCCAGUUGUGGCUUCUCCCACAGGACCUGCUGAAGAUGCUUCAUAGCUAGUUCUACAUAGCUCACGGUCAAAGCGCACAGUUGAAGCACUAAGACACCCCAUUAAACAGUCAUGGCUUCCCCCCAAAGAAUUCUGGGAACUGUCGUCCGUCA